UUUGGGAUUGAUAUAAGCAAUGUGCUAUAUUAUAUCUUGGUACUUUUUUUUGGCUGUCUUCAGGUUUGGCAUAUUCAAUCCUUCAACUGUUUAUGAUCAUUUGGGAGAAAUAUAUUCUGCCCUUAUUUUCGGAAGCUUGGUUUUUUGCAUUUUAUUAUACAUAAAAGGCCAUGUGGCACCGUCUUCCACUGAUUCUGGCUCGUCUGGGAACAUCAUAAUUGAUUUCUAUUGGGGUAUGGAACUCUAUCCUCGCAUUGGUAAAAACUUCGACAUUAAAGUUUUUACAAAUUGCAGAUUUGGAAUGAUGUCUUGGGCAGUUCUAGCUGUAACCUAUUGCAUAAAGCAGUAUGAAGUGAACGGCAUAGUGGCUGAUUCAAUGCUUGUUAAUACCAUAUUGAUGCUGGUGUAUGUUACUAAGUUUUUUUGGUGGGAAGCUGGAUACUGGAGCACAAUGGAUAUUGCACAUGAUCGAGGCAUAAGCCGUGUUAACAUGAAUGCAAUGCAAUGCAAUGCAAUGCAAUGCAUGGAACAGUAG